UCCUGAAAACAAAAGCAGGAGGAAGGCAGAUUACAGUUCCUCUGUCUCGGGAUCACUGUCGCUUUUAGAUGGACAACGACGUCGCCUUUUAUCGCGAGCUGCCGAAAGUGGAGCUUCACGCUCACCUGAACGGCUCGGUCAGCUUUCAAACCAUCGAGAAACUCAUCAGCAGAAAACCGCAUCUCAACAUCGAGCACAGCAUGACCGCGAUCGGAAAAGGCCAGCUGAGGACUCUGGAUGAGUGCUUUGAGGUCUUCAAGGUCAUUCACAAGCUGGUGGACACGGAGGAGGAUAUCCUGAUGGUCGCCACAGAUGUAAUUAGAGAGUUUGCAGCUGAUGGUGUCAAGUAUUUGGAGCUGAGAAGUACGCCAAGGGAAGAGAAAGAAACUCGACUGACAAAGAAGAGUUAUGUUGAAACUGUCAUCAGUGCAAUCCAACAGUGUAAAAAUGAAGGAGUGGACAUUGAUGUCAGGUUUCUGGUGGCGAUUGAUCGCAGGAAUGGGACUGAGGUUGCCAUGGAGACUGUGAGGCUGGCCGAAGAGUUCAUGCUGUCAUCUGAUGGUUUGGUGGUCGGACUCGACCUCAGCGGAGAUCCAACGGUGGGCCAUGGGAAAGACCUACUUCCUGCCCUUCAGAGAGCCAAAAACUCUGGACUGAAGUUGUCAUUGCAUCUUUCAGAAGUUCCAUCUCAGCUGGAGGAAACAGAUCUGCUGUUAAAUCUUCCACCUGACAGAAUUGGACAUGGGACCUUCUUACAUCCUGCAGUUGGCGGAUCUCAGAGUCUGGUUGACAAAGUGGUGAAGCACAACAUCCCGCUGGAACUCUGUCUGACAUCCAACGUCAAAGGGAGCACUGUGGCGCGUUACUCCGAUCAUCACUUCAAAUACUGGUACCAGUUAGGACACCCGAGUGUCCUUUGUACUGACGAUAAAGGCGUCUUUUGCACAGACUUGUCUCAGGAAUACCAGCUGGCGGCUUCCACCUUCGGCCUGAGCCGUGCGGACGUGUGGAAGCUCUCCCAGCAGGCCAUAGACUGUAUCUUCGCGCCGGAGGCGGUGAAGCAGCAGCUCAAACAGAAGUGGAACGAUUUACACUCUCGGCUGUUCAAGUGACCGGUUCAUAUAUUUAUCAAUAUGACAAUCAAAUACCUCAAGUUUUCAGGUUUUUAUAGGAAUAAUUGCAGACGGGUUCUUUUAUUUAGUGAACUCAGCUGAUGUGUGUUAUUUAUACUGCUUUAUCAUGUUCGUGCAGUGUUUCUUACACUGGUUACAGGGAAAAAAAAAACAAUGGACCAGGAAAUAAUACCAGUGUGUUUUGAGACAAGUUAAAAAGAAUAUCAGUGAAUAAAAA